GUAAGCACGUGUUAUCUGACAGACGACUGUUGCACCAUAAUUCGUCUAAACGACCAGCUUAAUAAAAUGAGACCAAUUAACCGUUUCAGGCUUUUAUUAAAAUUUGCCAAAAAUAAUCAUUAAUAACCAGAAAAAAAGACUACAACAACAUAAAUAACCCUAAAAAAUAAUUGCAUCAGUUUCACUUACCUCUUAACCUUUUAGAAACAGGAAACUGUUUUUUUUUUAAAUGAGCAACUCAUUGAAAGUUAUUAAAAUGUAAUUUGAGAAAAUUAGAGGACAUAUAAACCAUCUUCCAUUUGUCUUGCUAGUUCUGUUUGUUCAGUUGUGCACAAAAGAUAAAUUAUAAUUUUUGAUUUGCACUGCCUUGAUAAAGGUAUAUGCUUUUGGAAGAUAAUUGAAUUCUCGUGACUUUAAUUUGUUCUAUUUUUCUUUUGGACCACAUUUCAUUUAGAAUAAGAACUUACUCAGGCAUUUUGGACUCCUUUACUAAAAGGCGAUUUGUGCGGUUUACCCAGCCACAUUUUAAAGUUCUGUAAUAAUAACUGAAACAGUGCAUAAUUCAUGCUGUAAUGACAUACAGAAAGCAGCUGUUUAAAUUUAAAACCUAAUUACUGUUAUGGUCUGAAAGUUGAUGAUUAGUUUUCGUGCGUCUUGGAGAUGUGUCUGUUCUAGAAACACGUUCAAGCAAGCCACGUCGUGUAGUUUUACUCUCGUUUUAAAACCACCCUAUUGGUUUCUUCUCGCCCACAUUGUUUGGGACGGUCGUUUAAACACAUUGAUUGGCUAGUCGAACACGUAUUGUAAUCGAUUGCUAAAUUUCUCGCAUUGUUUCGGUCACUAGAUAAAAGGUGACCGUUUCUAUAUCUUCACAAGUUGCGUGGCAGCUAGUUACGUGUCGUCUGUGGAACUCAAUAGUUUUUGCUGAAUAGAUCUCAACAGUGCUGAGCAUGAGGGUCCCUCUGCUACUCAUAUUUCUUGGCUUGUUGCAAAUACAACUAGCUACAGCUUAUGUCUAUAGAGUUCUUAUAUCUACGGGCUAUGGCUCGACAACAGACAAGGUGUCAAUCAUUCUUGUGGGGCAAGGUGGCGCUGAAACUGGAAUUCACGACUUACCAGGAGAGUUUGGUUUCCAAAGUGACAGAAUGUUCACGAUUAAUGAUAAAAAUGUUGGUAAACUUUCCGCUGUCAAAAUACGUUUGACAAAGAAAGGACUGUAUGAGGACUUUUGGCAUUUGAGGCAGGUUGUUGUUGUGACAACACAGCCGCGGCAGCGCUACUUUUUCAGUUUCAACGAUAUAGUGAAAUACAAGUGGAACAUGAUUUCGCCAAACUGCAGAAAGGGUUACGAGAAAACAUCUGAUGGACGAUGUGUGGAUAUCGACGAAUGUAAAGCGGCGUCCGGUGGCUGUAAGGACAAAAUUGCUGUGUGUCUUAACACCAUUGGUUCAUUUACAUGUACUUGUCCAAAAGGCUACAAUUCAGAUUCUCAAGGAGGCUGUACGGAUGCGAAUGAAUGUCAGUUAAAUAAUGGCGGGUGUAGCGAUCGUUGUAUCAACACCCCGAGCUCGUAUUAUUGUGACUGUCACCGCAGUGGGUACCAAGUGGUGGACGGCUAUCGCUGUGAAGACAUUGAUGAAUGCAAAGAAGGAAAAGAUGGUUGUGACAAGGCAACAACUACUUGCUCAAACUUACCGGGUAAUUAUCGGUGUGACUGUAAACAUGGACACAUCACAAAGGACAGGUUUUCAUGUCAACGCCGAACAUGUUCACACUUCUCCGCUGGCCGGGAUUCCGAUAGUACCCUUGAACCCGCUCGCUGUUUCCAGCAGGAACAAAACAAAUAUGAAGACAAGUGUAAAGUUGUUUGUAACAGUGAUGGAUAUGUCCUGGAAAAACCGUCUGCUGAGAUAGCUACCUGUAGUGCUGAUGGCCAUUGGGUUCCGUCUCCAACAACUUGCAUAGGAAGGCCGUGUCCGUUGUUGACAAACAUAAAAUACGGUUAUGUCUCAAGCGGGUGCCAGAUAGGUGUCCCAAGGUAUGGUAAGACGUGCCACCAUAGCUGUGUUAGUGGAUACAAUCUUAAGGGAAACAGAGAAAGAGAAUGCCUGGCAAACGGUACAUGGAGCGGCACUGAACCCACGUGCGAAAAGAACCAUCCAAAACCAUGGAUCUCGUGUCCCGCCAAUAUAAACGUGGUUCUUAAGCCUGGAAUGAACACGUCCGAUGUAAGUGACAAAUGGACAAUCCCUACAUCUAAUGUCCAGAACAUAACCGCUGUGGUCCCACCCGGUGUAAGUAGCAGCUAUCAAUUCCCCCCCGGGAGUACGAUGGUCAAGUGGGUGGCGGUCAAUGAAAUUGGUGAACAGGAUUACUGUGUAGUUUAUGUCAGUGUGAAAGAUAAUGAAAAGCCAAAGGUUUUCUUCUGCCCGGAUAGAGUUUUCAAAGUGUCUUUCAGUAAUUCUCCAGUGUGGGUGAACAUCACAAGACCAAUCUUUACUGACAAUGUUGGCAUCGACAAAUAUGUCCCUCCUCUCAUAGACGGCAAAUAUUUUACGCCUCACGGCGGCUAUAACUUGAAUUUCCGAGCGAUCGACGCUUACGGCAACUCGGCGGAAUGCACAAUUACAGUGUAUGUUGGAGGAAAUCGGUGCCAAUUGCCUCCCGAGGGUCUCCCAAAUGGUUGGUUUUCGUGCGGCUGGACUGGUAAUACGCGAUAUUGUUCUAGGAAAUGUCCUGACGGACAAAAGACUUUCGGGGUGGAUGGAUGGUGGUCAUGUUCAUACAGCGAUGGGAAAUGGAAAUUUUGGCCUCCGCCGACAAGACCAGUUUUACACUGUGUCGGCUAUAAGGACGUUAACGCCAGUGUCCCAUGUGAUGUUGGUAGCAUUCGGAAUUCAUCCUUUGGUCAGGGUUGUUAUGAGUGUCCCCCUGGAACGUCCUAUCAAAGUGGAGCCUGCGACGCAUGCGCAGGAGGGACGUUUCAGGAUAAAACAGCGCAAACAAGCUGUAAAAUCUGUCCGCCAGGAACAUCAUCAUCAAAGAAAGGAUCAUACGCUUGUAGACCUAUCUGCCCUCCUGGUCGCUAUUCCAAGGAUGGUUUUGGUCCUUUCUGUGAUUUCUGUUCUAAUGGAACUUACCAAGACAAAGCUCAACAGACAAGUUGUGUGGUUUGUCCUCAGGGAACUUACACUCUGCAUAUUGGUGCUACCUUCUGUGGAAAGUCCCCGCAAAUUACUAAACUUGAGCCAGGAGGUGCCGCUUCAGUCAAUGCCGGAGGCACGUUGGUGCUUAAAUGUUUCUCCGAAGGGGAACCAACGCCAUCUGUCUAUUGGCAAUACUCAGGUAACGGAAAAGGCUCCAAAACACAGGAACAGAUGAAAGACAAGGAUGGUAAUCCCACGGGAACGCAGCUGACCAUAACAAAUGCAGAUUCAUCAGAUGCUGGGAACUAUACUUGCAUGUCAGCUAAUACACAUGGCGAAAUAACCAGCUCUGUGCACGUGACUGCUAUAACGUCAUCUUCUAAGAGGUCAACAGUACAAGAAAACAAAAGAGCGGCUGAUGACUUUGCACCAAGAGCCCAAGCUCCGUGUCCAGCAGGAAAAUUCAGCUCGGACGGACUGGGACCCUUGUGUCGAGUUUGUCCCAAAAACUCGUACCAGGACCAAACGGGAGAGACCGCGUGCAAAAACUGUGAACAUGGAACUAAAACUUUGCAAUUAGCUGCCACUUCUGCAGAGGCUUGUGGAGUUGCUCCUGUUAUUACAAGUGUGAACUCCAGUGUGAACACAACCAGCAAAGAAGUCAUGCUAGACUGCUUUGCCAACGCGUCUCCGUCAACUCUUAUUCGCUGGCGCUUCUUGGAGGAUAUUCCAAGCGCUUUCCUUGGUAUUCCUAAACUCAUGCAGUUGGUGGACGACAAAGGGGAACCAAUUGGAACCCGCAUGCUAAUCAGAGCUUUUACUGAUCACAACACGGGACAGUACGAGUGUACAGCGCUCAAUCCAUUCGGUCUGGACAAGAAAACUCUUCAUUUGAAAGUGCCUCAGAUAUAGGUCAGUUUUUUUUUCUUUGAUCGGUAUCUCUUUAUAGAAUUUAUUGCUUGCAAAAACGGGCUGUGCGAGCUAUUACCAAUUCAGAUUAUAGAGCACAUUCUGCUCCUUUAUUUUCUAAAUUAGGAAUUUUAGACAUUUAUCAAAUCAACACUUUUCAAAUAGCUAAAUUUAUGUACUAUUAUUGUAACAACCUGUUGCCUCCAUUGUUUUUCAACUUGUCUUUUGCAAACAGUCAAAUUCAUGGCGAAAGCACCAGAACAGCCAAUCAUUAUCGCGUGCAUCAUUGCCGGACUAAUCUAAAAAAAUUCACAAUUCUUUACCAAGGUCCAAAGAUCUGGAAUUUCCUUUCCUGUUACAAUCACUUCAUUGUCAAGUUUUCCCAAUUUUAAGAAAAAACCGCUAGAGUUUUUAGUAAAAUA